GCAGUAGCCCUGCCAGCCGCUCUGCAGAGGCCUCACCCGCUCACGCGCACACACAGACGAGCAGAGAGAGAGAGAGAGAGCCUCCUUCAGGCCUAUAACACGGAAAAUUAUAUCGCUCGUAUUGCCCUCCGUGCACAAAUUCUCGACGAUUUCGUCUCGUUGCAGUGAUACGGUUUUAAUAUCGCUUUUAUACUACGCGCACUUUUGAUAAACGAACGAAAGAAAAUCGAGAGCCUAAACAUUUUUUUUAAUCUCGGCUUUGUUCGGUAAACACAAAAACGUAGAGUCGACGUUAAAACGAGGAAGUGAGGGUCGGAGAUGAGUUUUACAACGGCGGCGACGACGUCGUUGCGUCGCGAAGACAACAACAACAACAACGACGACGGGGAAGCCGUUGUGUCAGGCCAGCAUCAACUACAUCGAUCGCGCUCUCGAGAUGGCAACGACGACGACAACGCACCACGACAGCGACGACGACUGGAAAAAUAAGAUUUUCACCCGUGUGUAUCGAGCAGGCAGUCGAGCAAGCAGCUGAGGCGGAGGUGGAUGAGAGGAGAAGGAGGAAGAGGAGGAAGGAAGGAGGGAAACGGCCAGGCCUGCUCCUAACUUUUCAUCCGUUGCCCUCUCUCAAGCACGAGUUACGCCGCUGACUCGGCUCGGGCGACCAUGACUGCCCAAGCGGAAAGCAUUAAAAUUUUAAACAAAACUUUUUCCAUGCAAGAGGAGUUCGAGCUGCUCGAACAGUUUGAAGAAUGCGAGCAAAACAUUCUGGAAACGUUGAUCGUGAACGAGGAAGAUAUGGAUAACGAUGACGACGACGAAGACGACGAUGGCACGGGCAUGGAGGAGGUGGUUCUCAGCGACGAAUUAAUCGGCGAGUUGACCGACGUUACGCUGCCUAACGGCGAGCGAACGUUCGUCACGAAAAAUCUCGAGUCUAACGUCGAAGACGAGAGAGAAGAGGACGAGCUGAGCCUCCACGACGACGACGAUUCGACUCUGGUCUUACGCGACAUAAGCGGCCUCAACGACGGCAACAUAAUCGAAUUACAGGUCGACUCGACGGACGAGACCUGUUUGAUCGACGACGGCCGCGUUUAUUCGCAGUUAAGGCUAGACGAUGGCAACGUCGUCUACAUCGUCAGGGAGGACGAAACGUCAAAAGACGCCACCGAGUCUUUCGAUCAACAACAACAACAACAACAACAGCCACAAGAAUCAACGACAACGAUAGAAACGACGGAGGUGGAGGAGGAAGAAGAGCAACCAAUCGUUAUCCAAGUUGCAGAAUCAGAAGUAGUGGUAGCAGGAGAAAUCAAUAAUAGUGAGAUUAACGAUCAGUCAAUCAAUGGCCUAGAUUUAUCCCCUAUCAAUAACGUAACUAGUCAUAAGAUAAAGCAUAAUAAUCAAACGACCCUAGACAAGAGCCGUCGUAAUGCGCCUAAUGGUAACUGUAAAAUUAGCCGAAUUAACGCGAGUAGUAACGACGGAGGCAGCGGUAGUAGCAGUAGUGGUAGCAUCGUCGCGAUAAGCGAUAAGCCGAGCUGCCGAGAUUAUAAUACAAGAGACGAUGACAAAGAGAAAAACGACGAAGAUUACGACGAAGAGAGAGAAGUGGCUGCUGCUGAGUCAACGGCAGCAACAACAGCAGCGGCGGCGGCGAAGAAAAAGCCGUUCUCGUGCGAGGCCUCGAACUGCCGCAAGACCUUCCCGACCUACUACAGCCUGAAGGCGCACCUGCGCACCCACAGCGACGAGAAGCCGUUCAAGUGCAGCGAGGAGGAGUGCGACAAGCGCUUCAAGACCUCGGGCGACCUCACCAAGCACGUGAGGACGCACACCGGCGAGCGACCGUUCGUCUGCCCGUUCGAGGGCUGCGGCAGGUCCUUCACCACGAGCAACAUCAGAAAGGUACACGUGAGGACGCACACGGGCGAGCGUCCGUUCAAGUGCAAGCAUCCCAAGUGCGGCAAGGCCUUCGCCAGCCUGACCAACUACAAGAAUCACGUGCGCAUCCACUCGGGCGAAAAACCCUACAUCUGCAUGAUGAACAAUUGCGGCCGGCGUUUCACCGAGUACUCGAGCCUCUACAAGCACAAUCUGGUGCACAAGGAGGACAAGCCCUACGAGUGCGACGUCUGCCGUCGACAGUAUCGCCAGAACAGCACGCUGUCGCUGCACAAAAGGACGGCUCACAAGAUCGUCGUCGCCGGAGUCGGAGCUGCUGCUGCGGCGAACAAUAACAACGACGUGGCGGACGCGUCCUCCACGACGAUAGCCAGCAGCGAUGCCAAGAAGGAGUUGGAGAAAAAUCUGAAUCAGAGCUUGGUGGAGGACGACGAGAUCAUGUUCGAGAAACUUUUGGACAGUUCGCAGGACAUGAUUAUCAGUCACGCGUCCAAGGAGAACAACUAUUUCGAAAACGGUCAAGAUCAGCUGUUCGAUUAUCUAGUCGAAGACUCGGAUAGUCUAUUGACCCAGUCAAUGAUAGAUCCCAGUCAAUUGAUAUCCCUGGAUAUGCCCGACUGUUUCAACGACAAGGCCGAGCGCGACAAUCCCAUCGACGUGGCCCUAGACGAAUUGAGUCGAAAACACGGCAACGUCGAGUUCAAGUGGAUCAAUCGAUUUUGAACAACAACAACAACAACAACAACAAACACGAACGAGCUUCAUAUUCACAAUCAAUCAAAAAAAUCAAGACACCAUACGCAUUCGUCGCGGUAGUCGUGAAAUGUAUUUUAAUUGAAAACCAAAGAAAAAAAUGAUCUGUUUUAUAUAGACGAACACGAGCGUGUACGAUCUUUCACGAUGUAUACGCCAUAAAGAAUAGCCAAGAUGAAAGUAACGAAAUUCUAAACUACUUCAUACUACUUUUUUGAUUAUAAAUAUAGAUAGAAUUUUAAUAUAUAACAUAGAGAAGAAAAAUGUUUUCACUUUUGAAUAAUUUUAAUAAACUGCAAUGGAUAAUGAUGUCUUCGAUGUAAUUUUAAAAGAACAAAAAACGAAAA